UGUGGGCUAAAUACGUUAUCAUUUAUUGCAAACCCCCACAAUAAACCAUGUGGUUUGAUCAAUUUCUUGUCAGUCUUUCUUUCUUUGAUGGUGAGAUCUCAACACUAAGAAAAAAAUGAAUUAACCAUUUAGCCAACUACUUACUCCGGCCGACACACACCAUGGGCACCUCACCCUUAAGCAUCUCCUCAAUUUUGUUACUAUUAGUUUCACCUUUUCUUCUUUUUCUUCUUCUUUUUCUAAAUCAUAACUUAUCUUUAAACCAAACCCAGCUAAUCAUUCACUCUUUAUAUGCUCCUCUCAAUUAUAGUUAUUCAAUUAAUAAUACUCUUAGUACCAGUACUAGUAGUACUACUACUCCACUCAAUAGUACUACUUAUAGUCAUGGUACUUUGGGUGGUGAAAAAAUUAUCAAGAGCAAAAAGAAGAGAAGGUUGGAGAGAAUUGAAUAUGAUUUGGGUCAGGCUCGACUAGCUAUUCAUAAAGCUACUGUGUCUAAAAGUUUUAAGUCUUAUAAAAAUGAGAGCUUUGUGCCAAGAGGUUCCAUUUACAGAAACCCAUAUGCUUUUCAUCAGAGUCACAUAGAGAUGGUGAAAAGAUUCAAAGUAUGGAGCUAUAAGGAAGGAGAGAACCCAAUAUUCCACAUGGGACCAGUGAACAACAUAUAUGGGAUUGAAGGACAAUUCAUAGAUGAAAUAGAGAGUAAAAAGAGCCCAUUUUGGGCAAGAAAUCCAGAGGAGGCUCACACAUUUUUUCUGCCAUUUAGUGUGGCUAACAUCAUUCACUACGUUUACAAGCCAAGAAUUACUGAAGAUGAUUACAAACCAGAUCGUCUACAUAGACUUGUGAAUGACUAUGUUGGUGUUCUAGCCAAUAAGUAUUCUUAUUGGAAUAGAAGCAAUGGUGCUGAUCAUUUCAUGGUUUCUUGCCAUGAUUGGGGACCACAAAUUUCAGGUGGCAAGCCUGACCUAUACAAAAACUUCAUGAGAGUUUUAUGCAAUGCCAACACUUCAGAAGGAUUUAAGCCCAGCAGAGAUGUUUCACUGCCUGAAAUCAAACUUCCAGUUGGAAAACUAGGCCCACCAAAAGCAGGCCAAGGCCCAAACAACCGCCCAAUUCUAGCCUUCUUUGCAGGCAGGGUGCAUGGAGGUAUAAGAAAGAUCUUGCUCAAACACUGGAAGGACAAAGACAAUGAUGUCCAAGUCCACGAGAUGCUCACUGGAUCCCAAAACUAUCACAAAUUAAUGGGCCAAAGUAAGUUUUGCUUGUGCCCAAGUGGACACGAAGUGGCAAGCCCAAGAGUGGUGGAGGCUAUAAAUGCAGGGUGUGUCCCAGUGAUUCUAUCUCAGAGUUACUCUUUACCAUUUAGUGAUGUUCUUGAUUGGAGCCAAUUUUCCAUUGAAAUCCCAAUCUCAAAGAUACCAGACAUUAAGAAAAUCUUACAAGCUGUUCCAAAUGAGAAGUACCUAAAAUUAUACAAGAGAGUAUCUAAGGUUAAGAGACAUUUUGUGUUGAACCGGCCAGCCCAACCAUUUGAUAUGAUUCAUAUGGUGCUUCACUCCAUUUGGUUGAGAAGGCUCGACUUUAAACUUUGAAUCUCAACUUUUUUUUUUGUUUUUGUUAUUUUUGUUUUGUGUGUGCAGUACAUAUGUGUUGUAUAUAUACAAUUGUAUAAUGGAAAUUUUAAAAGUGAAUGGAGAAGAUACUUUUUAUUUGGAGCUCC